AUGGCAACAAAAACGCUCGUCAUCGGCGGUACCGGUUUGGUUGGAGGCCAUGCUGCUUUGUAUCUUCGAUCCAAAGGAAGCGAUGUUACUAUUGCCGGACGAAAAAGGCCCAGCGAUGUUCCCGCAUUGUCCGAGCUUCCAUUCAUUCAAGGCAACUAUUUGAACGGGGAUUUCGGUAAAGAGAUCCUCUCGAAAUUUGAAGCAGUUGUCUUUGCGGCCGGCAGCGACGUUCGGCAUGUGCCUGUUGGACAACAUGCGGAUGAGCACUAUCUUUAUGCCAACGGCCAGGCCAUACCAGAGUUCGGAAACAUCGCCAAACAAGCUGGAGUCAAGAAGUUUAUUCAUAUCGGCAGCGCCUAUCCGCAUAUCAUACCGGAGGCAAUCUCAUUUAGCCCAUACGUCCGAUCCAGGAAGCUUGCUGCGGAUGGACUUACGUCGCUAGCUGGGCCUGAGUUCCACGUUUGUAGUUUAGAUGCGCCCUUCAUCGUUGGGAAUGUUCCGGGCAUGAUCGUACCCAUGUUUCGGGCUUACAUCGACUACGCCAGAGAGAAUUUGCCCAUUCCUCUUUUCGCUCCGCAUGGAGGGCUGAACUUCAUUUCCACGCAAUCGCUGUCCGAAGCCAUCGCGGGGGCUUUGGAGAACAGCCAAGCUAUAUCAGGGAAGGCCAUCUUGGUUGGCGACCAGAACAUGACCUAUGCGGAGUACUUCCAGAUGUUCUUCCAAGCGGUCGGCAAUGGUCAACGGUUGGAGUCACUGGGUCAGGAUCACCCGCUGCUACCUCGAGCCACCCUAUUUGCAGGUGACAAGGUGGUCGAGUAUCAACCUGACCCUGCGGAACUGGCAUUAUUGGGAGGAUACCGCCGUGAUGACAUCCAAAACGCAAUCGAAAAUUUAGUCACUGAGUAUCAGUAA